GGGUCUACCGCGCGAAUUCAACAGAUAUCUGAUAGUUGGUGGGUGUCCUGUUUAUCUGAUCGGGCCCAAGACUAUCAUCUGCUCUGUGGUUUUUGAUAUUCUCAACGUUUCAAGUUUUGGAUUCCCCAACUAAUGGAGGAUGAUUUACAACGUAAAGUCAUCAAACAACGUUUAAAGCAGUUUUAUGGAAGUGAUACAAACAACUCACUGGUUGAUCAAAAUGAUCCCUUAAAUAUUGACAGUCCAUCCUUCGAUCCACAGUUGUACUUGGAUAAAAGUCUUAGGACUAAAGACCUUUCUGAUCUAAUAUCAGAAGAAAAGGCCUUAACUGAUCAAAUCCGCAGUCUAGAUUCCGACAUGCAAACGCUAGUAUAUGACAACUAUAGCAAAUUUAUUAGUGCAACCGACACCAUUAGAAUGAUGAAAUCUAAUUUCAGUUACGUCCAGGCCGAAAUGAAUUCAUUACUUCAAAAUAUUGCCUCGAUUGUUUCAGUUUCUGGUGCGAUUAAUAGAAAUUUUGCUGACAAGAGAAAGAAACUGAGCACACUGACAACUACCCAGUUGACUCUAAACAAAGUAAGAUCAAAAUUUUGAGUGGGACUAAUUAAAGUCAUGUUUCUAGCUAAACUACUUGGUUGAACUCCCAGUUAGCUUAAGAACGUAUAUGAACAAGUGUGAUUGGGAUCGAGUUGUACUAGAUCUUAAUAAAGCGAAAUACAUUUUAAAGAGUUAUCACAAUACUCCAUCAUUUAAAAAUAUUCGAGAGGACUGUUCUGAGAUAGUGUCGGAAAUUUGUUCAAGACUGUGGCGUCAAUUUGAUGAAGCUGUAAGUCGAUUCUAUAAUUAUUUUCCAGAGCGAUAUGGCUGAGUGUUCUAGUCGUCUAAAAAUUCUGCAACAGCUUGGUUUCUCGAGACGAAAAUUGUCAAGAGCGAUAUUACGUUUGUGGGUAACAACAUAUUAAUUUUACUUGUUAGACUUUUACCUAUAAUGCUAUAUUAUACGACUGAGUAUUCACACAAAUUUUUGUUUGACAGGCUUUGUUAACAUUUAGGGACUCACGUUAUCCAUGGCUCUAUAGGAUAAAAUGGUGCAGAAACUAUGAGCUAACAAACAAUCAUGUUCAAACUGAUUACUUAAUUGUUUAUCGGAUGCUAGUGUAACGCAAUGCCUUGCUAAUCUUUCGUCUCGAUAACCGUUAUAAUACAAAUCUUAACGGUGCAUGAAGUCAGAAGGCAAAGAGAAGCUGCAACUACAGUUUAUUAUCAAGUGACGCAGGCUUCAAGGCUACAAACACAUGAGUGUUAUAAUUGUUUUGCUAAUAAACGACCCAGCUACUCCUAUUGCUUAGUAUUCUUGUACAAUGACACUCUACAUGACCCCAAAAAUCAGAACACGUUGAACCGGAACGAAAUUGUAUUCAAAAUAACAAGGAUAGGUGAACAGCAAUCAAUGGUUAGAAAAACAUUCAUAUAAUUAUAUUAUAUGCAUAAAAAGCCUCUAGAUGCUCUUUCAAUAAUCUGACAGAGCUAAUUGGUUUAGAAUUAAUCAAUCAGCGUGCGCCGUCACGAUCAUGCACAUAACGCGCCAUAAUCCGGCUUAUUUCCCGCUAACACAUGAGUUAGUAUCGGCGAGCAAGCGCAAGCAGUUACUUAGGCAAAUUUAUAGUGAAGCUGUAUAAGGAUUCAGCAAGACAAAGCAAAAGCUAAUAAUAGGAUUUGAGUGCAUACAUAUAUGGGAAGAGGACGAGUCAUCGAAUGAUAUUUAAGCAAUCAACGUUUUGGCUAGAGUCUGUCAUGUGCUCUGGUGAUCAUAACAGCACAAAUAUAUAUGCGAAAUGUUACUAUUCGAAUGACAAUGUAUGUUAAAUAAGUUAAUAAAAGGGCUUAACCAAAAUCAACCAUAAUCGAAAUUGAGUGUAGGACAGUUGCUAUACUAGCAUUAAGAUGUCUUGUACAAUAAUUUCUUUCAGAUAAGUGUCAGGAGGAACAUUUAAGUAGAUGCUAGUCACAUAAAUACAGUGCUUUGUAAGAUGUAGCUAAGUUUAUCCCACCGUUCUAUAAUGUCAUAAGUUUGUUAAAAUUACCGUAAUACUUUUGAUUUCUUUUGACUAGCUGGCCUUCAAUCUUAUGAGACGUGUUUUUCUUCUCACGAUGGUUGUAUUUACUAUCGGUUUUAUACUAAUGGACAACUUAUUCUUUUUUUUCAGGGCUAAACGUCAAGUAUCUCAACGUUUAGCUUAUAUUAAGACUUUGGUGUGUGAAGGAGACAUGCGAAAUGUUCAGAGAGAUGAAACUGUUGGUUCUGCUGAAAACAUUGUUAAUCCAUUUGUCCAAGAGCCUUCCUCUGAAGAAAUGGACGUAUUAUACUUUGCCAAUCUCAUAACGGAUUCCGUCCUCAUUAAACUUUCUGAAUUUAUUGGAUUACUGGCCGAUUUUUAUUUCACAAAGUCAGAUGAAAGUGAACCUAUGGAUACUAUUUUGGAUGUUAUUUCUGGUAAAACAGAAAAUAGUGCCUCAGAAGUCGAUGAUGGUUCCUUUGAGGAAAACUUGUCAAGUUUAGUUGAAGAACUGAUGCAUGAAUUUUUUAUUUUGGUUCGAACUCGUUUUGAAUCUGAGAGCACAAAUAAUGAUGUCAACUUGUUGAUAAGAGCUUUGGAUCGUAUCCACUGUCGAGUACAAACCUUUAAUCGGUCACUGUUGACAUCAGUUACUUCUGUAGAUUUUGAAGGUGUGCUAUUGGAUGAUUUGAGUCCUGAAUCGUUAUCUAUAGUAAAUCGAUUCUCUUUACUUACUAAUCAAUUUUCAAACUCGGCUCUGGAAAUAAUUAAUCAAGUUGCUCGAAUGCAAACUACUUAUUACUUUGAUAUAUUAUGCCAAAAUGCAGUUGAAUCAUUUACAGAUCUCCGACAUAAACUGGCUAGUCAUGGACUACAAACAUCCAAUUUAACUAACGAAGAAGUCAACAAAGUGAACAAGAUGGGAAAUAACAAUCAUCAGCUUUCAUCACUUUUAGAUGCUCUGAGUUCGUCACUCGUUUCACAGCUGCGCAAUGUACUAAAAGCGGAGGAGGCUUUUCUUAGUACUAAUAGUACAUUUUCUAGUAAACCACAAUUUCGUAAUUCAUUUUGUAUUGAUCAAAUUAGAGAAGGACUUAUCGUUGGUUACUUAGAUUUCCUUGUUCAAUUUCUUAGUGAUCUGGCUAAGACAACUGUAUGCAAAAUUCCGGGUCCUAUUUUACUAACACUUGGAAAAUUAUGUUUAAUGUGGGCUGAUUCUGGUACAGUUGGACAUUUGAUUUCUCUGGCCGACGAUUUUAUGCUUUUCGGUUCACAAACAAAAGAAACAAAAAAGGAGGAUUUUAAUGCAGAAAAUGGUAACAGAUCACUCACUACUCCAAAAGAUGUAUCAAAUCGUUUCAGGUCUACUGGUAACGAGCUUCUAGUUGCUUUUGUUCGUUUAGAAGGGACAAAUUUGGCACAACUACUUCGAAAAAGUGUUGAAGCAAGGGAUUGGCUAAAAAAUUUGGAACCACGUACAGUCCGUUCUGCAGUUAAAAGAGUGAUAGAAGAUUUAGUAUUACUAGAUCAACAAGUCAGCCAGCUGUUUUCAUCGAAUACUCGUAAUCGUGAUCGUAUUUCUGAUUCACGUUCCAAUCGUAGUCUACGACCAAGCACUUCGUCACAUCUUACAGACGCUACACGAACUGGAAGUUCAAGUCAAGGAUUUCAUUCUCCCGACUUAGAUCCAACUCUAGCUACUCACUUACGCCAUCUAUUUACGCAAAGAGUUGAUAUUUUUACUGCAGUUGACGCAAAUCGGGAAUCAUUACUUCUGGGUGUCAUUAAAAUCGGUUUAAAGACUUUGAUAGAGUGUGCACGUUUACAAACAUUUGGUCGUUACGGUUUGCAACAAAUACAAGUUGAUUGUCGAUAUUUACAAAUUCAUCUGUGGCAUUUCGUAAAUGAUGAAAAGAUUAUUUGUAUGUUAUUGGAAGAUGUGAUCUACAGUGUUGUUCAGCGUUGCAUUGAUCCAUGUUUCAUGGAAGAGAGUGUUGUCGAGGCGAUUUGUGAUCGAGCAUAAAGUUACUUUAUUAUUGCUUAAUUCUUGAUAAUGACCGUUUUGCUUCCUGAAGUUGAAGAAGAAAAUAAUAAGUGUGUAACUUCUUUUUUUUUGGUGAUAUUCUUUCAUUAAUUAUCGUGUGAUAUUUUCAUCCGUUUAUUAUUAUUAUUAUUGUCAAAUAAUGAUCCAUUUUUCCUUGGUGUAGGACGAAGUUGAAUUUUAGAAUUCUAAUUGUAAAUUAUUUACCAUAUUCAAAUGUUAAUAAUCCAUGUCUUGUUGUUUUUAUAAUUUUUGUACUAAGAAUUGUUUAGCUCUGUUUUCCGAUACUUCAAUGUGAUGUUUUUAAUUUAUAAAUUUUCAUUAUCUAACUUAUUGUAUGAUGUUGGUUUGAAUUUUCGUACAUGGUCACUUAUUUGUUUUUGUUGAAACAAUAAACCUUUUUGGUCUC